AUGCUGGACACGGAAGGGUCUGAGGUGCACAUUUCAGCCGUGGCAAAGCCAAUGAGGGCGGAGGAAGGUGACGAGUUUACGUUUACAGUCAGAAAGCCUCCGUAUCCUGAUGGAGUGUUUGGUGUCAGCUAUGACGCAUUCAUAUACGAUGUGGAGGUCGGUGAUGAGGUGGUUGUCGACGGAGGCAUGGUGCGGUUGGAAGUGCAGCAGAUAGCUGGGCCUGAUGUAUUGUGCCGCUGUGUCGAUCCUGGCCUGAUUCUGUCACGGGCCAAUCUCACAUUUCGGCGACAAGGCAAACUUGUUCGAGGGCAGAAUGCAAGGCUGUCUGUCAUCACAGCAAAGGAUUGGGAGCACAUCGACUUUGGUGUUGAAGAAGGUGUGGACUUCAUUGCCAUUUCGUUUGUGAAGUCUGCUGACGUCAUCUCCAACCUGAAGAGUUACAUUCAAAGGAGAACGGGGUCCCAUUCCAUCGAGAUCGUUGCAAAAAUUGAGAGCAUCGGUUCGAUGCCCAACUUGCACGAGAUCGCCCAGGCAGCCGAUGUCCUUAUGGUGGCCAGAGGAGAUCUUGGUGCCCAAAUUGAUAUUGAGGAGGUUCCUUCUGUCCAAAAGGACGUUGUCGUGAAAGGGCGAAAACUGGGAAAGCCAGUCAUUGUGGCAAGCCAUCUCCUCCAGUCGAUGAUCGAGCACCCAAUCCCAACAAGAGCAGAGGUUGCUGACAUUGCAGACUGCGUUCGGCAGCAAGCUGACGCGCUCAUGCUGUGCGGCGAAUCUGCGGUGGGUGCGUAUCCUGGCAAAUCCAUUGAUGUCCUGAAGUCCGUGGCGACGCAGGUGGAGGAGUGGUCCAGGCAAGAGAAAUUCGGCGUUGUUUCUCUGCCACAAAUUGCCACGUCGGACGACGGCCGCGUGAGCGAGGAGCUGUGCGCCGGUGCCGUGUCGACAGCAAACAAACUCAAGGCACGUGCGAUAUUCGUGUACACUCGAAGAGGGCACAUGGCGAAUUAUCUAUCAAGGUUGCGUCCUGACUGUCCGAUAUUUGCAUUCACAGACAGCAGCUCUGUGAGGAGGCGCAUGAACCUGAGAUGGGGUGUCAUGCCAUUUCGAAUGAGUUUUGGAGCGCACCCUGAUGACAACAUCAUGAGGGCGUUCAAGUUCCUGAAGAUGCGAAAGCUUGUCAGUGGCGGAGAUCUGGUGGUGGUGGUCAGUGACAUCAGGCCAGCGGAGGGAGACGUCGUCCGGUCGGUGCAAAUUCGGCACGUGAGAUGA